CAAUCGACUGCACAACUUAGCCUAGGUUGUGCAAUGGAUCGCAGAGGCAAGUGAGCGGCGUGUACCGUGUAGCGGCAGAGCAAAACAUGGAGAAAAACAUCGGGUCUCUACAGGAGCAAGCCCUUAAGAGGAAAGAAAGAUUAAAAGCACUAAGGGAAAAACAAAUUCACGGACAAGAGCCUGAAGAUGGUGAGCCAAAGCAUAAAAAGGCUGCUCCGGAGGAGGAGAGGAUGGAGGAGAGACACAGGGAUCUGAAGCUGAGGAACUACAUUCCAGAAGAUGAAGGGCUGAAGGAGAGGCAGGUGCCCAAAGCCAAACCUGCAUCAGUGGAGGACAAAGUCAAAGACCAGUUACAGGCAGCCAAUCCUGAGCCCAUCAUUGAAGAAGUGGAUUUAGCGAACCUCGCCCCAAGAAAACCAGACUGGGAUCUCAAACGGGAUGUUGCAAAGAAACUGGAGAAGCUAUCAAGGAGAACACAAAGGGCCAUCGCUGAACUCAUCCGCGAUCGCCUGCGAGGCAGCGAGGAGGAGCUGGCUGCAGCGGUGGGAGCUAUGCAAGAAGAGCAGAGGGACUCAGACUGACUUGGACUGAAUAAAGGUCACUGUGGAAAAUGUGGAGCAUCACAAGGCAGGGAACAUAUUGGCACGUGACGGCAGCUUCGUCUAGUCUUUUUAUUUUUGUACAAUGAAAAUCCAAUGAUACAAUCUUGUAUAUGUGUAAUUCAAUUAUAAACA